UGGAGUCCUAAAAUUGCAAUUUUCUCCACUUUAAGAAGUCAGAUACCUCACACCUAUGGCCUCCGCCGUUGUCGCCGUACCGGCGAUGGCCGCGGCCACCACCACCGCCAUCUUCUCACCGUCUCUACCAUCCCUUCUUCGCUCCCACCUCACCUGUGGCCAUCGAGCUGCCACCACGACGACGGUAACAUUCUCCUCCCGCCGCUUCCGUGAUGUAAACCCUAGCCAUAAACGCUCCCGAGGCAAGGCCACCCUGGCCCCCGCAACCGACGAAGGCUUUGGCGUCCUCGAGGCGGAGCUCUGGCGCCUCCGCCGGCGUGUGGAGCUGCGGCUCCACCGUCUGGCAUUCGAGGCCGACGAGGCCUACCGCGACCUUCGCUACGCGGUGCGCGACGUCGGCGGGGACCGCGUGGUCAUCACCUUCCGCCGUUCGUCGUUGCGCUUCGCCGCCGGUGCGCUCCUCUGCUCGCUCGCCUUCGCCGUCGCGGCUCGAGCGCUGCUGUGGAUGGUCUUACGGGCAUGGUGGCGUCGGGGUUUGGGGAGGGGAUGGUGGGGUGGACGGGGUGGCGGCAGGGCGGUUGUGUGGCGGAGGGACCGCAGCCUUGGAGGGAAGGAGGUGGUGGUUGCUGUUUCAUCUUCAAGUGUGGCUCCAGCUCCGACUAGCCAUGUCCAAGAGCCAGCAAGGGUGGUCAGGAGGAGGGAACCGCAAGCAAAGGUUCCGGAUUGGUGGCCGGAGGUGGGAGUGACAAUUGUAGAACCAAGGCUAGAGAUGGAGAAGAGGCUGGCCAACAGAUUGGUCCGAGCAAUAAUUGAUAAUAGAAUCACGGGGAGGGAUUACAGAUAUGAUGAUGCAAUUCAACUUAGGCAAUUAUGCAAGAUAUCUGGCAUAAAGGUCUCCUUUGACACUGAGAAUGCUCGUAAUUCUUUCUACAGAGCAGCAGUAAACUUUGUUCUAGAUGAUUGCAGCAGAGCAGCACAGGAUGUUGGAGCAGUACAAGUUAAUGGUGAGAAUCCAAGGGAUUUUCUUGCUGGUCUUGCUACCAAUAUUGGAUUGGACAAGUCUCAUGCUGCCACUCUUGUACGUGCUUCAGUUGCUGCUCGGACACGUACAUGUUUCUUACAAUGCUGGGCCCUUGAGAUUCAAGGAAAACGACAAGAAGCACUGGAUGAGCUUUUGAAGAUUUGUGGAAUUCAUAACAUGUUUCCUCCUGAGGACAAUUCUGCAGAGAUAGAAAUGGUGGCUGCUGGACUCGAAAAGAAUUUGCAAGUUGCUGAGAGGGUUCACCUUCUAACUUUAUUCCAGAGCGCUUGUACUACUGGUAACAUCAAAACAGCUGCAGAGGCUCUUGGCCUGAGUUUGCCAGAUGAAUGAGAAUGCAGCAGAAGGAUUAGUUUUGUCCAAAAAUUUCUAGUUCGAACUGCCAACUCCCAUAUAUCAAUCACAGAUGAAGGCUUGAAGCCCCCAAGUCCCCAACACAACACAAUUUAUGGUUGAGGCCCUGUUUGGGAAGGGCGUGUUAAAAUUUAACAGGGUGUUAAACUUUAACACCCUCAAAUAAAGGUGUUAAACUUUAGUAUCUUGAGGUGUU